AAGUCCCCCGUCCCCUUCCCCACUAUCCCAUCUCUUAUCUUCUGACUUCCCCUAAGCCCACAAUCAUGUCCAAGUUGAGCACCAGCAGAACUCCUCGUCCCACGUCUCCUCUCCCGUCCUCCCUCUUCGGGGUUCUGUCCCUCAUCCUCUGCCUCUGCCUCUACCCGACCUCGUCAUCGGCGCAGCAGACUGUGCCCGUCAUCUCCACGGUGCACGGCCGUAUCCGCGGCAUUCUGACCCCGUUGCCCUCCGACCUGCUGGGCCCCGUCAUCCAGUACCUGGGAGUACCGUACGCGAGGCCUCCGACAGCGGACCGCCGCUUCCAGCCGCCCGAGCCUCCUCUGCCUUGGCCGGGAAUACGAAACGUGACGCAGUUUGCUCCAGUGUGCCCGCAGUCGCUGGAUGAGAGGAGCAUGCUGGGAGAUAUGAUGCCGUCCUGGUUGACGGCUAACCUGGAUAUAGCGGCAACGUACCUCACUCACCAGAGUGAAGAUUGUCUCUACCUCAAUAUCUACGUGCCCACCGAGGAAGACAUCCAUGAGGAGGGGGGGCAGCGGCCGGUGAUGGUCUACGUCCACGGGGGCUCGUACACAGAAGGCACUGGCAACAUGAUGGAUGGCAGCGUGCUUGCAAGCUACGGCAACGUCAUUGUCAUAACCCUCAACUAUCGUCUCGGAGUACUCGGAUUCCUUAGUACAGGCGACCAGGCAGCAAAAGGGAACUACGGCUUGCUGGAUCAGAUCCAGGCUCUGCGCUGGGUGAAGGAGAACGUCGCGGCCUUCGGAGGCGACCCAGGCAGGGUCACGGUGUUUGGAUCGGGGGCCGGGGCCUCGUGCGUCAGCCUGCUCACCUUGUCGCACUACUCCGAGGACCUGUUCCACAGAGCCAUCAUCCAGAGCGGCAGCGCCUUGGCCAGUUGGGCUGUGAACUACCAGCCCAGCAAGUACGCCCGGCAGCUGGGCGAGAGGGUGGGCUGCGGCAUCGACGACAGCACUCAGCUGGUCGCCUGUCUUCAGGGCCGGAGUUACAGAGAACUGGUGGAGCAGAGCAUAACGCCAGCCAAGUACCACACGGCUUUCGCCCCGGUGAUCGACGGUGACGUCAUACCGGAUGACCCCCAGAUUCUGAUGGAGCAGGGGGAGUUUCUGAACUACGACGUGAUGCUCGGGGUGAACCAGGGCGAGGGCGUGAAGUUUGUGGAGGGCAUCGUGGACUCGGAGGACGGUGUCACGGCCGAGGACUUUGACUUUGCAGUGUCAGACUUUGUGGAUAGUUUGUACGGAUACCCGGAAGGCCGAGACACGCUGAGAGAGAGCAUAAGGUUCAUGUACACGGACUGGGCCGACCGCGACAAUGCAGAAACCAGGCGGAAGACUCUGGUAGCGCUUUUCACCGACCACCAAUGGGUGGCGCCGGCAAUCGCCACAGCUGACCUCCAUGCUCAGUACGGAUCCCCCACCUACUUCUACUCCUUUUACCACCACUGCCAGAGUGACGCCACGCCGCCCUGGGCUGACUCCGCCCACGGCGAUGAGGUGCCCUAUGUGUUCGGCGUGCCCAUGGUGGGACCCACUGAUCUGUUCAACUGUAACUUCUCCAAGAACGACGUGAUGCUGAGUGCUGUCGUCAUGACUUACUGGACCAACUUUGCCAAGACUGGUGACCCAAACCAGCCGGUUCCUCAAGAUACAAAAUUCAUCCACACCAAACCCAACCGUUUUGAGGAAGUGGCCUGGUCCAAAUACACCCCCAAAGAGCAGCUGUAUCUCCACAUUGGCCUGAAGCCCCGUGUCAGAGACCACUACCGCGCCACCAAGAUCUCCUUCUGGCUCCAGCUGGUCCCUCACUUGCAUCACGUCAAUGAGCUUCUGCAAUCGGUGUCCUCCUUCACGCACAGUCCCUCCCCGCAGGACGACACUCCUUAUUCUUACACUAAGCGCCUAGCCAAAGGGUGGCCGCCUAGUAGCACACGUCAUCCGGGUACGCAAGGAGGCACCCCGCAGCCGCCCGAGUCCGCUUUGGGCCAAGGUGGAGGGGAAGACGGGGUCCGCGUCCCUCCCGAGGACUACUCAACCGAGCUGUCGGUGACGAUCGCCGUGGGAGCCUCGCUGCUCUUUCUCAACAUCCUCGCGUUUGCCGCGCUGUUGUACAAGAAGGACAAGCGGCGUCUGGAGCAUCGCCGGCCGCGGCCGCUUCCUCCCCCAAGACGGGACAUCACGCCUGCAGAUGUCGCCGCCCACUUGCAAGGGGAAGCGCUGAUGUCAUUGCAGGUGAAGCAGCUGGAGUGUGACGCCGCAUCAGCAGACGAGAGGAACAACACGCACCACCAUCACACUCUGGAUACGCUGGACGCCCUGGACGGCUUGGACACCCAGGACAUCUACAGCACGCUGGACACCGUGCGCCUCACCUGCCCGCCCGACUACACCCUGACCUUGCGCCGCUCGCCUGACGACGUCCCCCUCAUGACCUCUCUGACCCCGGGAUCACUGCCUGUGACUCCCGGGUCCCACCCCGUUACCCCAGCGACGCCGAUGACCCCCAUGACGCCCGGAUCAGUGGUGGGGAUGAGGAUGGGGCAUCCGCACCAGGGAUACACACACCAUAACCCGUAUAGUAAUACACACCUGCCGCACACACACAUCUCCACGCACACACACUCCACUACGCGUGUAUAACCGCAGCAGGAUACUACCUGCACACACAAGGACAUAAUUUAAACACACACUCUCAUACUAACAGACGCACAAACACACCCCCCCCCCCCAUAACACACACACACACACACACAUACACAAAACAAAAGACUUAAAUACCUCUACUAAUUACCCUGCAGGAUUGUUUCAGAUGGAGUGACAGAAAGACAUUUUCAGUAACAGGAUGAAAAGACAGACAGCUGUGUGUUGCAUGUCGGGAGCUACGGACAAACUGGGUCCCGGCGGAUGCAGUUCUAUGCAUCAGUCGCUCAUCACCUUGAACGAGAUGAGCCGAGGCAUCCAUCAAACGUCGCCCAAUCUGCUUUGGAUAUGAAACCUUUUGCUUUUUCUACACCCGGAGAGGACGAGGAGGAGGAGGAGGAGGAGGAGCGCCGUGGCAAAAAAGGGUCAGUCAUGGAUCAGUUUACAUCUCCUACUGUACCUGUGGUGCACCGGUGAAGCGGAGCAUAGACUGAUCAGAGCACAUGCAGAUGCAGAUGUAGAUGAAGACGUCCGCCAAGAAGCACCACACACAGACUGCUGAUGUCAACUUGAACAACCUGUGAAAUGUGAAUGUAGCAUAUUUUUCCAUUAAAAGAUCUGAGGCCCUAUCUGCCAAGGAUCAAAAUAAGCUGAGGAGAAGAUAACGCAUUUUAGAAAGAGGUGGAUGUAAAGAAAGAUGGAG